AUGAAAUCUGCUUUAACAAAAGAACAGAAAAGACAGUUUAAUUCAUUAAUCUAUGCCGCACAAGAGUCUGAGAUGAAAUUUGAUUUAGUAGAAAGUUUAAAAUAUUAUGAGAGUGCAUUAAAAUUACUACCAAAUCACAAAAAAUUACCAUUAAAAAUUAAACAAAUUAAAGACAAAAUUGAGAAAAGUAAAUCUAAAGUCGACCCUAAAACAGCCAAUGACAUAUCUGGAUUUGUGUAUAAUACAAACCAAAACAAAUAUUUUCUUAAUGGAGGGUUUUGGUUAUCAGUUGACAUUUUUAAUAAACUAUUACCUCAUCAACGCACAGGUAUAAAAUGGUUAUGGGAACACCAUAACGAAACAAAAAUUCAUGGUUGUAUUCUUGGAGAUGAUAUGGGUCUUGGAAAAACAGUCGAAAUAUUAGCUUUUGUUUUAGGAUUAACAAAUAAUAGUUUUUCUCGUACUUUUCUUAUUGUCGUCCCUGCAAUGGUUGCUUUACAAUGGCAAACAGAAGCAAAGAAAUGGUGUCCACCAGUAACACUUUAUAGUAUUCAUCAUAUGUCACCUCCAGAUAGAAGAGCUGCAAUUAGUUCAAUACAAAUAAAUGGAGGUAUUUUAUUGACAACAUAUAACCUUGUUCAAAACGACGAAGCGAAUUUAGGAGUUAUUAAUUGGGACUAUAUUAUUUUAGAUGAGGCACAUACAAUAAAAUCAAGAAUUAGUAAAGCCUCUUCGGUUUUAAAGAGUUUUAAAGCAAAACAUAAAAUUGCUGCAACAGGAACACCAAUGAUGAAUAAUUUAUUAGAACUGUGGAACAUUAUGGAUUUUACAACUGAUGGUGCUUUGUUAGGUAAUUAUAGUCAAUUUCAGUCAUAUUUUGAACGAAUUAUUUCCAAUGCAAAUUUAAGGAAUGAAAAAAGUCCAUUUGCUAAACGUAGAUUAUUAGAAUUAUCCAAAAGGAUUGGACCAUAUAUCUUAAGAAGAACAAAGAAAGAUGUAUUUGGUGAUGAUAGACCAACAACAACUCUUACUCCUCAUCCACAAGAAAAAGAUGAUGAAGAAGGAAAAAAUUCAGAAAAUAGUAAGUGUCUUACACUUACUGUUAAUAAAUACGAAUUAAUUGUUUGGGUUAAAUUAGAUUCAAACCAAAAAAUGAUUUAUACAAGGUUAUUAAGAUCAAUUAAUAUGAGUGAAUUAAAAAUGCAUAAAGUAAGAACUAUUAUUGGAAUGAUUAGUUAUUUAGAAAAGAGUUGUAGUAAUCCUCCUGCCAUUAAAGAUGUUCUAGAAGAUCAAACUAAACCAUUUAUUGAUAACGAAAUAAUCAAAAUGGUUGAUGAAGAAACAAUAAAUUUAUGGCCGAAAUUAACAGUACUUUUAAAAUUAUUAAAGAUGUGUGAAAAAACAAAUGAGAAAGUAUUAUUAUUUAGUCAGUAUCAAAGAACAUUAGAUUCAAUAUCUGAUUUACUUCAAUCAAAAGAUAUUCUAUUUUUGAGAAUAGAUGGAGAUUUAGAUGAUGGACUAAGAAAAGAACGGUUACGAAGGUUCAAUCAUAUGUCGUCAUGGGGAGUAUUAUUAAUGACCAUUCGAGUUGGAGCAUGUGGGUUAAACAUUACAGGAGCUUCAAGAGUUGUUAUAUUUGAUGAAGGAUGGUCAACAAUAGGGAACCAAGCAGUUGAUAGAGCCUAUAGAAUAGGACAAAAAAAGGAUGUUGUUACUUAUAGAAUCGUAUCUUGUGGGACAGUAGAAGAAAAGAUGUAUCGAAGACAAGUUCAUAAAACUACUUUGACAGAGCUAACACUUGAAACUAAUCAAGAAAAACAAAGGUUUAGACAUUGGUUUACAAAAAAAGAGUUAUAUACAUUAUUUGAUUCUAGUCAAGUUAAUUUUGAUAAUUCUGAAACACAUUUAAUAUUUAAACAAUAUAAACCAUUAUAUCCUCAAAAUAUGCCUGAAUAUCCUGAUUGGUUAGAUAAUCACAUCAAAGAAAUAGAAAAAGUUGACAAUGUUUUUGGAGUGUCUGAUCAUUCUUUUAUUAUUAAAACAGAUAUUCCUGAUGAACUUGUUUAUGAAAAUAUAGAAAAUGAACAAGAAGAAAAACAUUGGGACUUUGAUAAAAAAAAAGAUGGCUCAAGUAUUGGUGGAACAGAUAAACAAAGAAAAAAUCAAUUAAAAACAAAAAUUGAAGUAAAUAUUAUUGAUGAUACAAAUGAUUUUGUUAAUACUAAAACACUACCUUCUAGCCCUUUUACUAAUACUAUUGUUAAGAGAAGAAAAGACAGAUCUACUGCAUGUUAUGGACAUAUUUCUAAAGCAAAUCCAUUUUUAGUAAAAAAGUGUCGAUGUUUUCUUAAUGAUAACGAAAAAAAAGAGUAUAAUGAUUUAGUAGAACAAUUAAAAGAAUGUAAAAAUGAUGAACAAAGAUUACUAUGUUUAUUACAAUUAGUAAAUAUUUGUGAUGAUGAUAUUCAUUUACAUGAGAAUAUUGCAUUAUUAGCACAAAAGUAUUUUAAAUAA